ACAUGCGACCACAACGGACGCGCUAUCUUUUCUGACUUCAUCCGCCAAAUUACCAACGAAAACGAUCUUAAGCCGCUCUGAAGGCUGCCGGUGAAGAGUUACAAGCUGUCCAAGCAAUGUUGGAUGCGGCGCAAGCGAAGAUGCAAGCUCUGCUGGAAGGCAUCGCAAAAUUGAACGCGUACUUGCAGGAGAAGGAAGACGAGAAAUUCCGCAUGGAGACAGACAUUAACGCGUGCCUCGCACGUAUGGAUCGAGCGAACAGAUUGCUGCACGGGAUGUCGAGCGAACGCGUGCGCUGGGUGAAUACCAUCAAGGAGUUGGCCGUCGCCAACGUCAACCUCAUCGGGGACAUCCUGCUCAGCGCCUGCGCUGUUGGCUACAUAACACCAUUCACAGAUGAGUACCGACGCGACCUUCUGCGACGUUGGAUUGACCACAUAAAAGAAGUCGGUGUGCCGCAUUCAGAAGGUGGAACUCCUUUGUCUAUACUUGGAGAUGCCGUACAAAUCAGGACGUGGCAGAUGUACGGGCUGCCGCGCGACCCAAUGUCUGUGGAAUCCGCGGUGCUGAUGUCCAACUCGCGCCGCUGGCCGCUCAUCAUCGACCCGCAGACGCAGGCCAACAAAUGGAUCCGGGCUAUGGGCAAACUGGAAGGGCUGAUAGUAUGCAAACCGAACGACCGCGAUUUGCUGCGCAGCUUCGAGUCGGGGCUGCGUUUCGGCAAGCCGAUCCUGCUUGAGAAUGUCGGGCAAGAGGUCGACCCUGCACUCGACCCCGUGCUCAAGCGCCAAUACUUCCGUCAAGCAGGCCAGCUGGUUCUGAAACUAGGCGACUCGAUAAUCCCAUUCAUGCCGGGCUUCCGCCUGUACAUGACCACCAAGUUGCCCAAUCCCAAGUACACGCCUGAGACUUCCGUCAAAGUGCAAGUCGUCAACUUCGCGCUUGUGCCCAGUGGCUUAGAAGAACAGCUGUUGGCAAUAGUGGUAGCUCAAGAACGGCCGGAUCUGGAGGAGUUACGCGGGCAGCUGAUCGUAUCGCGCGCGCAGAUGGCGCAGCAACUGGCCGAAAUGCAGUCCGACAUCUUGUACGGCCUGUCCAACAGCGAAGGCUCGCCGGUAGAUGACUUGCCACUCAUCUUAACGCUAGAGGCUAUCAAAGUCAAGAGUGCUGAAAUUCACAUAAAAGUAGCAGACAUUGAACGCACGACGAUCGAGAUAGACGAGGCUCGUCAAGAUUACGUACCAGUAGCCAACCGUGGACAGAUACUGUUCUUCUGCCUUUCGGGCAUGGCCAAUGUUGAUCCUAUGUACCAGUAUUCAUUGGAGUGGUUUGUCAAGCUAUUCAUUCGGGCUAUGGCAGAGACUGAGCCCAAUGAGGACAUAAUCGAGCGCGUGGAAACGAUAAUCCACCACUUCACGUUCAUUCUGUACUCGAACGUAUGCCGUUCGCUAUUCGAGAGACACAAGCUACUGUUCGCUUUUCUCAUGUGCGUGCGAAUACUGCUCGACAAGGGCACUAUUAAGCUUUCUGAAUUCAACUUUCUGCUAAUGGGCGCUAAGGUCGAAGAGGAGUCAGAGAACCCGGAACCCAAAUGGAUAUCAGAGCGCAUGUGGUUGGAGUUGCAACAGCUCGCAUCUCUGCCUACAAUGCACGAGUUCGUCGUCGACAUUUUUCCGCAGCAGUUGAAAUUCUUUCGGAAUUACUAUGACGCCUGGAACCCGCACAAGCUACCGUUGCCGAAGCCGCUGGACACGCAGAUAGACCCAUUCCAGAAGUUAUUGAUAGUGAAAUGCCUUCGCCCGGACAAGCUUGUGCCUGCCAUGCUGGACUACGUGGUAGUGGGCCUAGGAGCGCGCUUUGUGGAACCGCAGCCGGCAGAUCUGGCUGCGCUAUACGCAGAAUCUGACCCGCUCUCGCCCAUCAUCUUUGUGCUUUCUACCGGAACAGACCCUGCUGCUGAUCUUUUAAAGUUCGCUGACAAAAUGAAAAUGGGUAAACGUUUCGAGAGCAUCUCGUUAGGCCAGGGGCAAGGCCCGCUCGCUGAGGCCAUGAUGCGUGCGGGCUGUGACUUCGGCAACUGGGUCUUCUUCCAGAAUUGCCACCUGUCACCGUCGUGGAUGCCGGUCCUGGAAGUGAACGUGGAGCACAUCUCUCCUGAGGUGGUGCACAAAGAUUUCCGCCUCUGGCUCACCUCCACGCCCUCCCCUCACUUUCCCGUCGCCCUCUUGCAGAAUGGGUACAAGAUGACUGUGGAGCCUCCUCGGGGCAUCAAAGCCAACUUGCUGAAGGCCUACAUCAAUCAAGUACCAGAUUUCGCCGACUACAUAGGUUCUGGUGAUCCCAAAGUACCCAAUUUUAAGUGGAUGCUGUUCUCGCUAUGCUUGUUCCACGGCGUGGUGCUGGAGCGACGUAAGUUCGGACCUCUCGGGUUUAACAUCCCGUACGAGUUCACUGACGGCGACCUGCGUAUCUGCAUCUCACAGCUGCACAUGUUCCUCAACGAGUAUGCAGACGUACCUCUUAGGAUGCUGACAUAUACUGCGGGGCACAUUAACUACGGCGGGCGCGUGACGGACGACUGGGACCGGCGCUGUCUGCUUUUCCUCCUCGCUGACUAUUACAAUCUCAACGUGCUGUCCGACCGGUACACUUUCGAUGAGAGCGGCGCCUACAAACAGCAAAAUGCAUCGGCGUCUAUCGACGACUACACGAAGUACAUCCGUACUUUGCCGUUGACGGACGAGCCGGCCCUCUUCGGGUUGCAUUCCAAUGCCAACAUCUCCUACGCCAUGUCCGAGACUAACACCAAUCUUAGGACCUUGUGCAAUCUGCAGCCAAAAGAAGCGGUAGGCACUACUUCCGGAGACCUUUCGCCUGAGGAGAUGACAGAAAAAGCGGCCAAAGACGUCCUUGACGUCCUGCCGGCCUUACUUGACGUCAAAUACAUAUCUGCCACAUACCCAGUGUCGUACAAAGAAUCGCUCAACACAGUCUUAGUUCAAGAAGCAAUCCGGUACAAUAAGCUUUUGACAGUUAUACGAUCUUCAUUGCAGGACCUGCUGAAGGCACUCAAAGGUUUGGUGGUGAUGUCUGAAGCACUAGAGAGCAUGUCCAACAGCCUUGCCAAGAACGUGGUGCCCGUCAUGUGGAGUUCCAAAGCCUAUCCUAGUCUCAAGCCGCUCGCGGCCUGGGUGAAAGACAUGUGUCUGCGAGUGGUAUUUAUGCAGCAGUGGGUGGACACGGGUAUCCCCAAGGUGUUCUGGAUUUCGGGCUUCUAUUUCCCUCAGGCCUUCCUCACCGGCGCGCUGCAGAACUACGCCCGGAAGCACGUCAUCGCCAUCGACACUAUCGGAUAUGCCUUUGAGCCGAUGUCCGCUGCGCCGGCCAAGCGGCCCGACGACGGCUGCUGCGUGCGAGGGCUGUUCCUCGAAGGCGCCCGCUGGAACAGCGCGGAACUCGCUCUGGAGGAGUCCAAACCCAAGGAGUUGUACACCGAAAUGGCGAUAAUUUACAUGAAACCGGAGCGCGAACACAAGCUGAAGGAGGGCUUGUACGAAUGUCCGACGUACAAGACUCUGCUUCGCGCCGGGACACUGUCCACGACGGGGCACUCCACCAACUACGUCAUGACCAUCGAGCUGCCCACGCAGAAGCCGCAGGCGCACUGGAUCAAGCGCGGCGUGGCGCUCUUCUGCGCAUUGGAUUAUUAAGGACUUCGGGAAAAUUUGGAAACCCGA